UGAGCUCUGCCACAUCCCCAUCUGACUUGGGGCCAUUCAUCAGCCUUCCAAGCCUAUCAAGGACAUGUCCCCAUCAGGGCUCCUAUAAAAUCAGCCCCUUUCCCAUGAAACAUCAGCAAACAUUUUGACGGGUCUGGCUUUCCCCCCGCUGGAUUUCUGGAGUCUCCUGCUCCCUUCUUUACACCCACCGUCCCCCCUCUCUCCCUCUCUCUCUCUCCCUCCCUCCCUCAUUCCCUCCUCCGCCAACACCGCCCUUCUUGGGGCGAACCCCAGAUUCUCAACAUCUCCUGCAACGGGCAGUGGUCAAGGAAACUUAGAGAGAGUCGAGAGGAGAUCAUCGGAGGAGGGGGGAAAAGAAACGCGCAGUGAGCCAUUUUACUCUGAGGAUCUGGCGUCGUUGAUGGGAAGAAGAUGCACUGCGGGCUGCUGGAGGAGCCGGACAUGGAUUCCACAGAGAGCUGGAUUGAAAGGUGCCUCAAUGAAAGUGAGAGCAAGCGAUAUUCCAGCCACACGUCUCUGGGGAAUAUGUCCAACGAUGAACAUGAGGAAAAGGAGAAUAACAGAGCUACUAAACCACAUUCAACACCAGCCACUCUGGAAUGGUUAGAGGAAAACUACGAAAUAGCAGAAGGUGUGUGCAUCCCCAGAAGCGCCCUCUACAUGCACUACCUUGACUUCAGCGAGAAGCACGACACGCAGCCUGUGAACGCAGCCAGCUUUGGAAAGAUUAUAAGGCAACAAUUCCCGGCACUGACGACCAGAAGACUGGGGACAAGAGGACAGUCCAAGUACCACUACUACGGGAUCGCAGUGAAGGAGACGUCCCCGUAUUACGAUGUGAUGUACUCCAAAAAGGGGGCGGCGUGGGUGAAUGAGACAGGGAAGAAAGAGGUCACGAAGCAGACAGUGGCGUAUUCACCGCGCUCCAAGCUUGGGACGCUCCUGCCAGAGUUUCCAAAUGUCAAAGACCUAAAUUUGCCUGCCAGCCUGCCAGAGGAGAGGGUGUCGACGUUCAUCAUGAUGUACAGAACACACUGUCAGAGGAUACUGGACACGGUUAUCCGAGCCAAUUUUGACGAGGUCCAAAGUUUCCUGUUGCACUUCUGGCAGGGCAUGCCGCCCCACAUGCUCCCUGUCCUCGGCUCCCCCACCGUGGUGAACAUUGUGGGUGUUUGUGACUCAAUCCUCUACAAAGCCAUCUCCGGAGUGCUGAUGCCAACCGUCCUGCAAGCACUGCCUGACAGCUUGACUCAAGUGAUUCGGAAAUUUGCCAAACAGCUCGAUGAGUGGCUCAAAAUAGCACUUCACGACCUUCCUGAAAACCUGAGGAAUAUCAAAUUUGAAUUGUCGAGGAGGUUCUCUCAGAUUUUAAAGAGACAAACAUCAUUAAACCAUCUCUGUCAGGCAUCUCGGACUGUCAUAAACAGUGCCGACAUCACCUUCCAAAUGCUGGAGGACUGGAGGAACGUGGACCUGAACAGCAUCACCAAACAGACACUUUACACCAUGGAGGACUCGCAGGAGGAGCACAGGCAGCUUAUUAUGCACUUGUAUCAGGAAUUUGACCGCUUGUUGGAGGAGCAGUCUCCAAUUGAGGCCUACAUUGAAUGGCUGGACUCCAUGGUGGACCGCUGUGUCGUCAAGGUGGCGGGGAAGAGGCCCGGGUCGCUGAAGAAGGUGGCCCAACAGUUCCUGCUGAUGUGGUCGUGUUUUGGUACCAGAGUCAUUCGGGAUAUGACCCUCCACAGCGCGCCGAGCUUUGGCUCCUUCCACCUGAUCCACCUCAUGUUUGACGAUUACGUGCUCUACCUGCUGGAGUCGCUGCACUUCCAGGAAAGGGCCAACGACCUGAUGAGGGCCAUGAAAGGAGAGGGAAGCACAGAGCAAGAGGAGGAAUUCACCCUGACAGAAACCACCCCCACCCCCCCAUCUCCAGGGUCCUACUCCCCUGCCCGCUCUGUCCAAUCUGUGGACGUGUCGUCGGCCAGCUCCCCCACUGCCGCCUUGUCCCCAGAAUACCCAGGGGUCACCCCUUCCACAGGCGCUGUUCAGUCAUAUACCUGGUCCCUUACAUACACAGUGACCACAGCAGGCGGCUCCGCUCCAGACGCUGGACAGCAGCUGUCCUGCAUGAGGAGCAACGCUCCUGUCCCGCCCCCGUCCUCUGCCCACAGGAUGCCAGUGUAUGCCCACAGGGAGGAACACGGAUACAGCGGAAGCUACAACUAUGGCGGUUACACCAACCAGCACCCUCACUCCAUUCAGAGCCAGUACCCAAGCCUGGCCCAUGAGCCGGCCAUCCCUGCCCCCCUUCACUACUCCGCAUAUCACCGCUCGUCUGCACAGUACCAACUCAACAGCCAGAUGCCCCGAAUGGAGCCAUGCCUGAUGGGCAGCUCUCCUCGUUUGCACCCUGCUCCCAUUGCCCCCCGCUGGCCAGAUGUGUCCCCUGCUAACAGCUGUUACACCAGCCCGCCUAUGCACUCCUCUCGCUAUGCCGCCUCCGGGGACAUGUACUCUCCUCUCGGCCCUCGCAGGAACUCAGAGUAUGAACACUCGCAGCAUUUUCCAGGCUUUGCCUACAUCAACGGAGAAGCCACUACAGGUUGGGCCAAAUAAGCCUUGAUGGACUUCCUGCUUGAUAAACUGGAAACUGCAGCCUCUGAACUCUAUCAAAAACAAAGAGGAGCAGAGAGGUGAAAAGGUCGUAAGAAUUCAAAGCGGGCCUGAUACAUCAGUCAUCCUGAGGACUGUGGCAUCAUUUGACCAGGACCCUAAUUAACCGUUUCUUUCAUCAAACAAUCAGUGGAAGAAAACAAAAUAUAUCGAUUGUCUGAACCUGCAGCAAAAUCAUUUAACGAGUGCAAUGCUGCUGCCAAGCUGUGCCUUUGUUUUAAGGAAUGUACACCUCAGCCGGAGUUGCCCUCGCUGCUCUCAGUGCUGUCUUCGGAUACCGGUGCAGUCCCAGCAGAAGGGGUUUUCCUUGUGAUGCUCAGCGCUGUCGCAGCAUCUUGUCGCGAUGAGCUGAACUGCCUUAACCUUCUCCUGGGACGCCAGGUCUGUGACUCUGGGCUGACAACCAUCACGCGUUUCCAUCUCAGAUAGUUAACUUAAACACAACAAAUGUAUUCUGUUGCAAGCUUUUCCGUUGUUUUUUGUGACUAUAUAUCUAUAUAUAUAUCUAUAAAGAUAGAUAUAUAUAUGAAGUAUUUUCUGUAACUUUGUAACAUGGUGUAAUGCUAUAUUUUCUAUGUUGUCUGUUUUGUAUGGUUAGUAAAGGAUGCAUUAACUUAGGGUUGUGUGUUUUUAUAAUGCACUCAAAGCUACUGAGGACCUAUUACCCUAUGGGUAUUUAUUAAAAGGGAAAAUAUCAAAGUGUACAGUAACAUGAAGUAUCGUCACUUUUCUGUAAAUAAAAAGCACUGGAGAGCAUCUGUGGUACGGUUAAAUUAUGUUUGAAAUAAUCCACCCCUAUAAAUAAUUCAACAAUUCAA